UUGGCAGGGUCAGGCUUUGCAUGAGGAAGGGACACUCCACACCUCCUCUACAAAGCCUGUCACAACAGGUCCUGCUCAGAGGACACUCCGCGACCUGACAUCUCUCCCGCUCUGCAGGAUUUGUGCUUCCACUGUUUUCACCUGUUGCAUUUAUUGUCGCUGAAUUUAAAAUUAUUUUUUUUGUUGUUGUUGCAACUUUGGACAGUGAAUGAAUAUUGAAUGUAACCUACUGUUGCACAUUGUUUUUUCCAUAGACCAUUUUCCUUUGCGCUUGUCCCAUUUUUUUUAUUAUAUAAAAAAGUAUAUAUGCGCUGAAUCUUUUAAUAGGGCUAAUAUUUGUAAUAACUUGUCCCGAAGUGUACUACAUUUUUUAAAUUAGAAAAAUUGCGAUAUCUUAUACAUUAGGUUGUAGAACCAAAUCGGGUUUCUUUUGUUAUAUAUAAUAUUUUCUUCCUUUUUAUGGGUGCGCUAUCUUUGUUAUUAUAGCUGUCACCCAUUUCUCAGAUUAUAUUAUUUUAUAUCCAUUUUGUGGUUUUACUUUUUUUGCAACAUUUCUAUAGUCUGUUUGCACUGUUAUGACACGAGUCAAUUGCGUUGAUUUCUGAUUAUCUGCUUUAUUAAUGCAGACUGUAGGGUGUUUAUCACUGUAAUAUUCGUUUUUUUAAUUCAUUCUUUUUACUCCAAAAACUUGUAUAGUUGGGAGUCUCAGUGCCGUGGUAUUGCACUAAUUCUGUUCUUUAGCAGCAUAUCUGUUACAUCUAGUAUUUCUUUGCUAUUGCUGUGCCUACUAGUAGUUUGGCCAUGUCCGCACCUGGUGUAUUUCCUCCUCCCUCAGAGUUUUCUGCUACUGCUUACAUCUCAUCUUUUCAGAAGUACCAAGAACUGUACGAGAGCUCAGUGAAGGAUCCCAGUGAGUUCUGGGGAGAAAUUGCUAAUGAUUUCCACUGGCGUGUUCCUCCUACACAGCCAUUCUUGAGAUAUAACUUUGAUGUUACCAAAGGCAAGGUAUUUGUGGAGUGGAUGAAAGGGGCUGUCACAAAUAUCUGCUACAAUGUACUGGACAGAAAUGUUUAUGACAAGAAGCUGGGAGAUAAAGUGGCUUUUUACUGGGAAGGGAAUGAGCCUGGGGAUGCAAUGUCCAUCACAUAUAGUGAGCUCUUCAAGAUGGUCUGUAAAUUUGCCAACGUCCUGCGUAAGCAAGGAAUCAAAAAAGGUGACCGUGUGUCUAUUUACAUGCCCAUGGUUAUUGAGCUGGUUGUGGCAAUGUUGGCAUGUGCCAGGAUCGGAGCUAUCCACUCUAUAGUGUUUGCAGGAUUCUCUGCUGAGUCUCUGUGUGAGAGGAUUAUGGAUUCUCAUUGUUGUCUUCUCAUAACUGCAGAUGGCUUUUUCCGUGGGGACAAAUUAAUUAACCUGAAGCAGAUUGCGGAUGAAGCUCUACAGAAAUGUGCAGAGAAGAAUUUUCCUAUGAAAAAAUGCAUUGUAUCAAAACACUUGGGAAGAGAUGAAAUUUUGAGUGACGGACUGAACAAAACGUCUCCGCCUUGCAAGAGGCAGUGUCCAGACCUACAGGGCAAAACGCAAGAAAAAACAAAACGAUCCCAUCCCCAGACGCCUUGGAACCCGUCUGUUGAUUUGUGGUGGCACGACCUGAUGAAAAAUGCCAGUGCGGAGUGUGAGCCAGAGUGGUGCGAUGCAGAGGAUGAACUGUUCAUACUUUAUACCAGCGGGUCUACUGGAAAACCCAAGGGGGUGGUGCAUACGGCUGGAGGUUACAUGAUAUACACUGCAGCCACCUUUAAGUAUGUGUUUGAUUACCACCAAAAUGACAUAUACUGGUGCACUGCAGAUAUUGGCUGGAUAACUGGACACUCCUACCUCGUCUACGGACCACUAGCCAAUGGGGCAACCAGUGUGUUAUUUGAAGGUCUUCCGAUAUACCCUGAUGUCUCCCGUAUGUGGCAGAUUAUCGAUAAGUACAGAGUGAGCAAGUUCUACACUGCACCAACAGCCAUUCGCCUUCUGAUGAAGUACGGAGACGAACCUGUCAAAAGGUACAACAGAAAGUCUCUGAAAGUUUUAGGAACCGUUGGAGAGCCCAUUAAUCCUGAAGCCUGGCUCUGGUAUUACAAUAUUGUAGGAGAGAAGAGGUGUCCAAUUGUGGACACAUUUUGGCAAACUGAGACGGGGGGCCAUGUCUUAACUCCACUCCCUGGAGCCACAGCCACCAAACCUGGAUCAGCUACAUUCCCAUUUUUCGGAGUCCUUCCUGCCAUUUUAGAUGAGUCUGGGGAAGAGCUGGAAGGAGAAGCAGAAGGAUAUUUGGUUUUUAAACAGCCUUGGCCCGCAAUAAUGCGCACACUCUAUGGAAACCAUGAACGGUUUGAGACCACAUACUUUAAGAAAUUUCCUGGUUAUUAUGUAACAGGUGAUGGUUGCAAAAGAGACAAAGAUGGCUAUUAUUGGAUCACAGGACGAAUUGAUGACAUGCUUAAUGUUUCAGGCCAUUUGCUCAGCACCGCAGAGGUGGAGUCUGCACUGGUUGAACACUCAUCUGUGGCUGAGGCUGCUGUUGUAAGCCACCCGCACCCAGUAAAAGGAGAAUGCCUUUACUGCUUUGUAACUCUUCGGGAUGGACAUGAGUUUAACAGCACUCUGGUCAAUCAACUCAAGAUACUAGUAAGGGAAAAGAUUGGUCCAAUUGCCACACCAGAUUAUAUUCAGAAUGCACCUGGUCUGCCUAAAACACGCUCAGGUAAAAUUAUGAGACGUGUAUUAAGAAAGAUUGCCAAAAAUGAUCAAGACUUGGGAGAUACUUCAACACUUGCCGACCCUGCAGUCAUUCAUCUGCUAUUUAAUAACCGAUGCAAAACUGUGCUCUAGACAUGAAAAUGCAGAGGACACAACAUGAUUGUAAUUUGUGUGUUCUAUUUAAUGGUGCAUCCUAGGGAAGGGUUUCUACACCCAUGAAUAUAUCAGCCAUAUUAUCUGCUGUCUGUAAUUAUUUAAGGAAAUGUGUAUAUUCUGUGCAAAUGUCUUUGUUAUUGUUUGCAACUGUAUUAUUGUACUGGAACGAGAUGUAUGUGUCUUUUGUACCUCAGUUAUAAAGAAACCAUUUGUGCAAACUGGUACAGAUUUAUUGGAUUAACGAAGCACCCCUGGACCAGAAUAAAUUAUCCCGCUGUUUAAUAUUUAAGCUAAUUCAUGCAAUAAAAAGAAUGGCUAGUCAUGUCAAUAACAACACUGAGCUAAAUCGUAUUUUGAGGGGCCUUUAUGUGAAUAGUUUCAGGUAGAAUACAUUUAAAACUAUAAAAAUCAUGAAGAUAAAAUGACAUAGUCAACAUGAGUUAACAUUAGUUUUAUUUAUUCUUCAUAUUCUAACUGUGCUAGUUCAUGAUAUAGCUAUAUUGUUCCUUGAUUCUGAAGAAUGAGGAUACUGUUUUAAUCCCAUUUCCAACAUAAAAGCCUGCAUUACCUUCCAUGAUUACUGGAAGAGGUAGCAAUUUUACCCUUGAAAAAUAUUAGGAAGGAGCAAGCAGUUGUGUAGUUCUCAAAUAAUAAUACAUCCCUUAAAGGAAAACACUAAAAUCGCAAAUUAAUAGCUGAGCAAAGUUUCCUUAUCACAGCCAAGGAAUAAUAUUUAUGCUAAAAACAUUAUAGACUAUGUCUAGACACUGUUGUGUGAUACUACCAAAGGCAGUAUAUAUUCACUAUAUUUGUUUUUUUACGUGUACAGAAAACAACUUGAUCUAACUGAAACUAGACUACAAUUAUGAAAAAAAUAGGUUGUAAUUACAUGAAUACCGCAUUCUCUUUUAAAUGCCUAUUACAGUUAUUUAUAGUUUGUUUUUUAUCAAAACCUAAAAAUGACCACUAGUGGUAUAUUCUGAUGUUAUGAUUCCUUUGGCAAGUUAGGGAAUUUUUAAAUGUUUUUUUGUACCAAUGACUUUUAUUAUAUAGCACUGGUAUAAAGUACAUAUGACUUGUGAUGUUUGAAUGAUAUCUUGAUCUGAUCUUCAUUUAUAUAAUAUUUGCCCAAUGAAACCUCUUAUUGCAGCUGCAGGAGGUUGGUUUGUUUGUAUAUGGAAUCUAGUAUCUGGGUGAGACCCGACACUGACUGCACUCAUUGUUUUUUUCUUUUCGUUUUUUUCAAUCUUUGCGGUAUCCUUAAUGUAUGACGAAGAAAUGUACAAUAGUCUUCCUAAGUAGAACUGAAACUUUUGGGCAUUAUUAUUGCAGUAAGUGAAUUUAUUAUCAGAAUAAUACAUGAGACACAGCUGUCCUGAGAAUUGGGUAGGUUGUGGUCAUUUUCCUGUAAUACCAGUUGAGUGCCUGAUGUCCAGUAGUGGCAUAAAUUACAAACAGGAUUGUUCUUUCUUAUUUUAAAUAAUGAUUCAACAUUGGCUUCAUGCUUGGAGCACUAAAUGGUUAAAAGGACAGUCUAUUCGAAAUUAAACUUUUCUGAUUAAGAUAGGGCAACCACUUUCCAAUUCACUUUUAUCAUCAAAUUAGCUUUCUUCUCUUGGUAUUCUUUAUUAAAAGCUAAACCUAGGUAGGCUCAUAUGCUAAUUUUUAAGCCCUUGAACGCUACCUCUUAUCUCAAUGCAUUUAACAGUUUUUCACAGCUAGAUGGCAUUAGUUUAUGUGUGCCAUAUAGAUAACAUUGUGCUCAUGCCCGUGGAGUUACUUAUAAGAGGGCACUGAUUGGCUAAAAUACAAGUCUGUCAAAUGAACUGAAAGUAUAUUAAUAUAAUUAUGUUAGUUAUGCAAAACUGGGAAAUGGGUAAUAAAUGGAUGAUCUAUAUUUUUAAACAAUUACAAUUCUGGAGAAGACUGCCCCUUUAAAUGAAAAUACUAUUUUUUUUCUCUCUCUCCCCAUUUAAGAUAAAUAUAACCUAGUACUGUUAAACUGGGCUGUAAUUUAGUUAUUGAAUUUAACUGGCUGCACAUGAUACUCUAGAAUGGCCACAGACUUCAUUUUAGGGGUGUAUUUGCAUACGUUUAGUUAAAGCUCUAGUCAGGGGGCAGGACACAUUUUCAUAUGUAUGUGAAAAUUUACUUAAUACAUGAUAUCUCAUACAGCUAAUGGGAUCUUCAGGAAAAGUGAGAAAACCGGAUCCCAAAAUCUAGAAAUAGCGAGUAGCACACAGUUCUCUUCAUAAACGGGAUCGCACCUUAGUGACUGGUCUUUCAAAAGUAAACAAUAACAUUACAGCAUAGUUUAACUAUUUUGAAUGUAAUCUUACUGGCAGACAAAAGUAAAGCAUUAUCCAAGAGGAAUGGAACAAAAUAUAUAAACUUACUCGCAAAUCCUCUACCUCACUGCAAAUCUUAGAGCUUAACUACAUACUGCUUCUUCAAUGGUAUCUAACCCCAUUGAGACCAUGUACCCCAAAGCCUCUAGCGGGUGCUGGAGGGGAAGUGGGGAGAGUAGUAGCUUGCUUCACAUGUGGUGGUAUUGCUUGAAGAUCCGACCCUUAUGGCAAGAAGUGGAAAACCACGUCUUGUCAGUCCUCGCAAAUGAUUUCGCUUUGACCCCAAGAAUAGCUUUAAUGACUUACCUAAAUUUCCUUAUAAACUUAGACUACAUUUACUGCACCUAGGACUCAAUGGAGCUAAAUCCCUGAUAGCACAACACUGGAAAAAUACAUUAACCCCCUCCCAAAAUAUGUGGGUAGAUAGGGUCACCAAACUACUAACUCUUAAGGAGCAAGGAUACUUGAAACAUUUACUUCAUUUUUAGAUGUGACAUUUUUAUUGGGAGGAGUCUUUGCAGACCCUAAGACACACAGAUACACCCCUACCAUCUUCUCAGAUCUAACUACCUAUUAAACGACAUACAUAUAGCUUACAAACAUGUUUAACAGUGAGAUCAUUCUCUCUUCAUUAAAUCCACCAGAAUGUGUUAGCUUUUCAAUAUAACACUAUUAACGGGCGAUUAAAUUCUUCUUGAACUCUAUGGAAUAUGUGGACACUCAAUUUUCUUCUAUACAGAAUGUUAUAAUAAAUGUGAGAAUUGCUCUAUUUUUAUGUAUAUUGUUAUAUGUUUAUUGAAAUUGAAUUUAAAAAAAAAAAACAUCCAACUACCUAAAAUAGAUAAUAAAGUGCUGGAGCUUUGUAGAAAGGAACAUUAAACACCUCUAGAUAUUAAUACAAAUUGUUUAAUUACUUGUAGUAAAGCUACUUUUCAAUAUAAUUUCAAUAUUUAUUUUGUUCUCCUCACCUGUAAUUUAAUUCUGAAUAUUAUGGGCUUUCCAAUUCAUGUUAAACAGGAAAGUGCAGACACAGCUGUAUUCCAGACAUUGGUCGCACUUUCUAGUAAGCCAUUUAUAACCAUUCCUAAUUGGCCUCAGCAGAAAAGGUAAUCUAAGUUACAAUAUGGCGGCACCCACUGCUUUAUGAACAUUAACUUUACCCUUAUUUUUUCAGUAUUUAAACAACUAAUAUAAUUUUGAAAAACACGUACUUAUUAUGUUCAGGUUAAUUUUUUUGCUCUCAAUACAUCAUUUAAGCAAUGAUUUAUUUACUGUUUAAUGUCCCUUUAAAGGACCAUGAUAGACUUUGAGAUUGUAAUAAAAAUGUUUACCAUUGAGUGAGGAAAAACACAAUAUGCUUUCAUCGUUUAUUUUGUUCCAUUUUUAUGUAAUCUAAAGGAACAGUAAAGUCUAACUUAAAUAUUCAUGAUUCAGAUAGAAAAUGCAAUUUUUAGCAACUUUCUAAUUUACUUGUAUUAUUAACAAUUUUACUUAGUUCCCUUGGUUUCCUUUAUUAAAGAGCAAUUUUAGGUGAGCUCAGGAGCGUGCACGUGUCCUUAAUGUUCUAUCAAAUACAUGUGUUUAACCCAGAAAAUGUUGGGGUUUCCAAUUCUGUACACACAGGAAAUUUUACAAGCCUAAUCUUGCCACAUAUCUGCCCCUAUUCACGCUCAACAGAGGCAAUUUAAGAUACUGUAAAACAAUGCAAGUUUUCCUAACAGUGGGUUUGAAUCCAAUCUAUCAUCCUAUUUAUGUUUGGUGGGCUUUUGACUGAAAAAGGGCACUUUUUAUUUUCACGUGAUCACACAAGCAGGUUUUUGCCGGUUUCUCAGAGCCACAAAUCUGUUUUCGGCUUGUUGGAAAAUAUGCAAGAUACUUUGAAAUGGCCACAAAUGUCAUUUUAGAGGGGUAUUUUUAUACAUGGUUCAUUAAAGCUCUAGUCACUGCUGUUUUAUAGUCUAUCUAAUUGACAUACGUAUGUGUAUUUAAUACAUGAUAUCCAGUACAGCAAAGGAGAUCUUAAUGAGAACUGAGAAAAUGAAAAUAAGGAUCCCAACAUCUAGAUUGUAGCAAUAAUAUAUUCUGUAAAUGUGUGUUUCUAAUUUACACUCAGAUUGUCGUGAUUGUCCGUUUCAGUACAGGCCUCUUCAUAUAUGCCCUUUCAAACAGUAUUGUGCCCUCAUGACUGGUCUUUCAAAAGGAACGGCACCUUUAUGACCAGGAUUUCGAAUGGGAUUGCAUCUUCAUGAUCACAAAAUCAAAACCUGUUCACGACAGUGUGGUUUGUAGUUUAUGCAGCUACAUUAUUGAAAUCUUGGUCACAAAGGGGCAAUCCUUUUUUAAAGUCUGGUCACAAAGGCGCAGUUCCUUUUGAAAUUCUUGUCACAAAGGAGUAAUCCGAUUUGAAAACCAGACAUUUGCAGGUAUCAUUUGCAUCCAUUUUUUUUUCUAAUACAAACCUGUAGUGUUGUUCUUGAUUUCAGAUGUAAAUCUCCCCAAACUGGAAAUGGUGCUUUCUCAGUCAAUAUUUGGAAAUAUUAAAAAAAAAACUGACUUUUAAAAUAUUGUGUUGUUAUAACCAUUGAGCAAACAUGCCAGUAUAACCGUCAUGUCUAUAUACAAAUUGCACUCAUAUUGUUUACCAGUGAUCAGGAUCCAUUUGGAUUCCAAUGGAUUAAUCUCACACAUGUAAAUGAGUGUAUCCCGCUGACACGCUGUACUGAGGGGUUUAAUAAGAUAAACUGUAAUAAAACCUUAAGAGGCGUGAAUAGGUCAUUGUAUUGUUUUGAUAACAAAUACUUAAAGGAACCUAAAACACAAUUUUUUUCUUUCAUGAUUUAGAUAGAACAUCACAUUUUAAACAACUUUCUAAUUUACUUCUAUUUGUCAUAUUUUUUUAGUUUUCUUGUUAUCCUUAAUUGAAAAGCAGAAAUAUAAGCUCAAGAGUGUACAUGUGUCUGCAGCAGUAUAUAGCAGCAGUUUUGCAACAAUGUUAUACAUUAGCAGAAGCACUAGAUGGCAGCGCUAUUUCCUGUCAUGUAGGGUUUCAGGCAUGUGCACGCUACAUACCUAGGUAUCUCUUCAACAAAGAAUAACAUGAGAAUGAAAUCAAUUUGAUAAUAGAAGUAAAUUGAAAACUUUUUAAAAAUUGUAUUCUCUAUCUGAAUCAUAAUAAAUGUUUUGGGUUUAAUGUCCCUUUAACUGAACUCAUAUUUUCAGGAACUUUUCAAGUGAAUGAAAACUCGUUUGCCAUUGUGGGGUUUUAGCAGCCAAAUCCAUUUUGUAUUCUUACUGGAAAAUACACUUCUCAUAUCAGCCCAAAACUGAGUUAUUGGGAAAUGAUAUCUGAAAGACUGAAAAAUGACAGCAGCAAGCUCUGUCAACUCCAGUGACCAGUCUAGAUCCUCCAAAUAAGACAAGUGGUGCACUGCAGCAAGCAAGGUGUUAAUUUAUUAAAAAGGUUUCAUACUUGGUUGUAUUACAGGACUACUGAAAAAUGUGUGUGUGUAUAUAUAUAUAUAUAUAUAUAUAUAUAUAUAUACUGUGUAUAUAUUUGACUAAAAAGAAUCUUUACCAUACACAUAUCAGAAUUAAGUAAUAGAUUGUAAUAGUAGAACAUUUAUACCUGUAUUUGUAUUUCAUUUUAUAGAGCUUAAUUUAUCAUCCAUUAGCAGACAGGUCCGCCCGGCUUCUCUGCUGGCAGGCAGCACUCUGCUGCCCGCAUUUACCAUUACACGCAAGCGCUCCUGUGUAACCCUGCCCAAUGCCCAGCCAAUUACGCGCGGGCAAGAGCUGGCAGUUUAAAUUCUCCACCUAAGAGGUGGAGAACAGGGCAGGGAAGCAGUGGUCUAAUGACUGCUGCUCGAUAGUUCCUGUCUGCAGGUUCCCUUGUGUGAACCUGCAGUUUGAAGGGGAGAGAAGGGCUUGAUAAAUAGAGCCAAUAAUAGGAAGAACAUAUCUAUAAACUGGAAAAGGCAACAGGGAAGUAGCAACACUAUGGGGGAAGAGAGAAUACUUGUGAGUGGAGGAACAAAUGAAUGUUAGAAAAAAGAGAGAAAACAAAAAGUGUCCAUGUAUUAAAAGUAGUAAACAAAAAAUUGGAAUAAAUGUAAUGUUUUUCACACAUUUGCCAAUAAUAACAAACAAUGGAUAAUAUUUGUAUACUCACAGGUGUUAUUGCUAGUCUAUGGGAAUCAUCAUUCACCCAUUUCCAAUUUUAUUAUGUAAACGCAAUACAGCAAAGCAAAUAAAACUGCUGCAUAAAAAAAAACCUGAUGCUUUAUUUUGUUAAUGAAAACAAUAGGGAAAUAUACUAUAUUAUUCCACGUUUGGGGGGAAAUCAAUCAUCACUGAUGAUUUGCCUCCUCUCUUUAUAAAAAUACCAUUGGAAACAGGCAAAGUGUAUGUGACACAUGGAGUAUCCUUUAAUCUCAGCACAGAGUGUAGAACAGCAAUGCCCCACAACCUUGUGAUAAAAAAUACAUCCCCAGGAAGCACCUGCACAGUGAGGUGCCCUUUAUAUAAAAUGGCUCUGUAACUGUUUAUAGAUACUAAUUUACUUUUUAUUUGAUGUAGAUGAUCGUGUUUUAUUCAGCCCAUUUUUAUACUGUUGUAUAUAAAGUUCUUACGUUCUGUGGUACUGAAACAGGGAAGAGCAGCGCACACUAAAACAAACUCUAAUUCCCGUCUAAUCAAAGAAUGUUAAGUCCUGCCUGUGACUAUGGUGCACAUCUUUAAAGGGAAAUAAAGCUACCCCCUUGUAAAGCCAGGAGUGUUAUUUAUUUGAUCUUCUUUGUUUGCAGCCCAUUAGGAUUAGAUAUACAUUGAGCUCAUGGACAUAUACGAAAAAAAUCACUAUGCAGCAUGUAGUCAAGGUUCUGAAUGCCACUAAAUACACUCCAAUUAGUUUUAUAGUUUAAUGUCCCUUUUAAAUUGGCGCCCAGACAAAUGCAACAUGGGAGAGAGUUGUAUGUAAAAUCAUGUUCAUUGUUACUGUUUAUCCACUUAGAAUUGGUGUAAUCAUUGUUAUUUAGGGCCCUGUUCUCCAAUGUUCUGGCAAGAUUUUUUUUAAGAAGUCUCAUCAGUACUGUGAGGAACCAAAAAUAAUUUUAGAAAUGCAAAAUUUAGCUUGAGAGGUGUAUAUCUCACUAUGCAGAUUCUGAAUGUGAAAGGGAAGACAGCUGCAUUACAAUAUAAUGCUAAACAAAAAAGAGAUUAAAAUAUAAAUGCACUGCCUUGAAGGUAGUUUGUAUUUCUGACUGGUUAAAGAAGAAAAAAUAAGAAUGUUUCUUAAAAUAACAAAGAACAUUUUGUUUUCCAACAUACCUUUAACCAGUCACAAAUACAACCCAUUAAGCAUUAGUUGAUGUACAAUACUAUCUGAUAAGGCUCUCAAUAAAAAUGUCUGUUAAAAUGUUAACGAAAAGGCUGAAUGUGCCAUGUUUUGUCUUUUAAAACCUAUUUUUCACCUUUAUUUACAUAUUACUUACAUACCUACUACUGGUUGCAUACUGCAAUGGACACUGGGAAAUUUACUGACAGUUUUUUGUUUGUUUCUGAUCAUGCUUUUAUUAUUCCGUCCCAAUCUAUCAAUGCAAUUGCUUUUUCACUUGUGCUGCAUUUUGAAGAAUUAAGUACAUAUUUUGUUAAUGUCACCUUUUAAUAAAAUGUUUCAGGUUGUA